AUGUCCGGUGAAUCCGUGAAAGUGGCGGUGCGAUGCCGCCCCUUCAACAGCCGAGAAAAAGAGCGAAAAGCAAAGCUCAUCAUCAGAAUGAAUGGAAAGCAGACCUCGAUCACCAACCCCGCCGAUGGACAAGUAAAGGACUUCGCCUUCGAUUUCUCCUACUGGUCCCACGAAGGCUUCUUUGAGGACGACAAUGGCUACCUUAAUCCCAAUCCUGGCUCCACCUAUUCUUCGCAACGAGUCGUUUUUGAGGAUCUUGGCAUGGGCGUCUUGAACAAUGCUUACGAAGGAUACAAUACGUCGUUGUUUGCUUAUGGGCAGACUGGCUCCGGGAAAUCGUAUUCUAUGAUCGGAUACGGAUCAAACAAAGGAAUUGUCCCUAUCACUUGCGAUGAGUUGUUCAAAAAGAUCGAGACCAACACUGACGACACAAAAUUCGAAGUCAAAUUCUCCAUGCUUGAAAUUUACAACGAACAAGUCCGCGAUCUUCUGAACAAGACCAAUCCCAAGGGAGGUCUUCCUGUCCGUGAGAAUCCAAAAUUGGGGCUCUUCUACGUUGGUGAUUUGAAAAAGGUCGCCGUCGGAAGUUAUGCAGAAAUUGAAAGACGAAUUGAAGAAGGAAACAAUAACAGGACUGUUGCUUCGACGCAGAUGAAUGCUACCAGUUCUAGAGCUCAUACAGUCGUGACGAUCGAGUUUGUGCAGAAGAAGAUGCAAGAUGGGAAAGAAAUGGCAAAGACUUCUGUCAUGAACUUGGUCGAUUUGGCUGGUUCCGAAAGAGCUGAUUCGACUGGAGCUACUGGUGAUCGACUCAAAGAAGGUGCCAACAUUAACAAGUCGCUGUCGGCGCUUGGUAAUGUCAUCAAAGCCCUUGCCGAUAUCUCGAUGGGAACAAAGAAGAAAGUCAACAUUCCAUACCGAGAUUCUGUCCUCACCAAGCUCCUCAAAAACGCUCUUGGUGGAAACUCCAAGACCAUCAUGAUCGCCGCUCUUUCCCCAGCCGACAUCAACUACGACGAAACCUUGUCCACUCUUCGCUACGCCGAUCGAGCGAAAAACAUCAAGAACAAAGCCGUCGUCAACGAAAACCCAGUCGACAAGCUCAUCCGAGAACUCAAAGAAGAAAACGAGCGGCUCAAGAAAUCACUCCAAGGCGGCGGAUUGCCACUUGCCGUCGAAGGAGCUGGAACAAUGUCGCCAGAAGAAAUCGCAGAAAUGCGAAGACAGAUGGAAGAGGAUAUCCGAGCGCAACUGGCUCUCAACGCUCAGCAAAUCGACUCCGGCAUGGGCGGUUUCGAUGCAGAACUCGCUGCAGCGCAAAAAGAAGAUGUCGAGCUCCUCGCCCAGGCAGCUGCCCAAAAGGCCGCUAUGAACAAGCCCAAGCUCACCAAUCUCAACGAAGAUCCUCAGCUCUCCGGCGUCAUCCACCACUACUUGGACAAGGAAGAAAUCACCAUUGGCCGAAAAGAUGCUGAUCCAGUUCCGACAAUUUGCCUGACCGGCCUUGGCGUUCAAAAAUUCCACGCUGUUAUUAAGAAAACAGAUGAUGGAUUCAAAAUUGCCCCCGGAGCUUCAAAUGCAAAGGUCAAAAUUAAUGGCGUUCCAAUUACGUCAGAAGUCUGUCUCAACAAUAAGGACAGAGUCGUCCUGGGAUCGAAUCAUGUUUAUGUGUUCUCGGACCCCUCAAAGCCAGAAACCUCCGAAGGAACACCAGAAGGCUCGAUCGACUGGGAUUUUGCUCAGAAAGAACUUGCCGAAAACUCUGGCUUCUCAUCUGCAGGCCUCACAGCUGACCAGGCUCGAGUUCAGGAGCAUGUUCUCGAGCUGCUCCCGAUGAUCUCAGAAGUCAACGCUGUCUCGGAAGAACUGAACAAAUACAAACACUUUGAAUUGGUCCUCCUCGGCGCUGCGACUCAGGACGACAAUCAGACCAAAGUCAUGGUUCAGAUGAAAGAUGUGGCGACUGGAAACUUGUGGCUUUGGGAGCGAGGAAAAUUCAUGAACAGAAGAUACAUCAUUCAGGAAAUGUACCAGCAGUACUUGGAUGAUGAUGAAUCUUGGAAGAGUUGCCCGAAGGAUAAGGAUCCCUUCUGGGACGAGGUGGAAGACUACGCCGUUGGAACCUCUAGUGCUUUCUUACAGUCAUUGAGUUACAGUCUUGAUUUCGAGGACAAGCUCCAAAUCACUGAUCACAGAGGACUUGAGCAAGGAAAUCUUACGAUCGUCCUAACCCCCUGCGAUGCCAAGGGCCAAAGUCUUGGCGAAGAUGAUUUCAAUGAAGAUCCAAAUGAACUCGUCGGAAAACCUUAUCACGUGAAAGUCGAUGUCCGCGACGCCGAAGUUUAUAAUUCCCGCUUCAACCACGGUCUCUAUGUCAAAUAUGGAUGCAGCUUUGCAAAAGAAGCCAAGGAUCACCACAAAACGAAGAUUUUGACAGGCACUCUUGCUCCCAGCUGGAAGGACUCGAGAAUGAUCAGCAUCGAUAAAGUCACAGAAGAGAUUAUUGAAAUCUUUGAAACUGACAGUAUCAAUUUUACAGUCAUGGCGAUUCAAAAGGAAGGCGAUGGAUCUGUGCCAAAGCUUUCGACUCGAGAACUGAAGGAAAAGCAAUCCCUGACAUCAUCAAAUCCAAACGAAGGAGUCGCUAAAACCUAUUCUAAUCCCAACUCAUUGCGUCGAAUGUCAGUGAAUAUGUCGGCAAAGGCAAAUGCGGAUAUGGCAGUGAUGAACAAACGACUUGAUGUUUUGGCGAGAAAAGAAGCUAGAAUACAGGAACUUGUUCGACAAUACGAAAAAUCAAAGAAAACCGGCGAUUUCCUCGAAUUCUACAACAAAGUCAACCAAAUCGCCAACUCCUCCGGCAAAUUCAAGAAGACUGUGAAAAUGAUUGGCAUGAUUAACAGGCUGAAAGGCGGCGGAGGCCCCAGUUCUGGAUCAAACGGCAAAUCGGACACCAUCUCUGUCUAUUCCUUCGAAUUCGACCAAGCAAAACACUCAUACGAUACUGGUGCUAAUAAUGUUGGUGGAAACUUGGACACUUUUGCCGAAGAAGAAGAAUUCAACGAGGAUCUAGACAGCCCCAUGCCAGCUUCUGCUUCAAAAUCAGAAAAAGACCAAUCGCUCGCCGCGAGCUCGAAAAAGGAGUCACAGAAAAAGCCCGCAACGCCCGCGACCCCAGCCGCGCCCGCGAAAGAAACGAAGUCAAAAGCCUGCACAAUUAUGUAG